GGAGGCGCGAAGAGGGCGCGAGGGUGGCAGCCGGAGGGAGCCGCCGCCCCUGGCCGCCCGGGUCCCCGCGGGGCGCAUGGGGCGCUUCGAGCCGGGAUCGCGCGCUGGCUCCGCGCUCAGCUUCCUGCUGCCGUGAGAAGCCGCGCCGGACGCCCCCAGAACCCCAACCUGCCGGGAGGAUGACCAUGGCCGGGGGCAGGAGAGGACUGGUGGCCCCGCAGAACACGUUUCUGGAGAAUAUUGUCCGGCGGUCCAGUGAUACUAAUUUUGUGUUGGGGAAUGCCCAGAUAGUGGACUGGCCUAUCGUGUACAGCAAUGAUGGAUUUUGCAAGCUGUCUGGCUAUCACAGGGCGGAAGUGAUGCAAAAAAGCAGUACCUGCAGUUUCAUGUAUGGGGAGCUGACUGAUAAAGACACAAUUGAAAAGGUUCGACAAACAUUUGAGAACUACGAGAUGAAUUCCUUUGAAAUUUUGAUGUACAAGAAGAACAGGACACCUGUGUGGUUCUUUGUGAAAAUUGCUCCAAUUCGAAAUGAACAGGAUAAAGUGGUUUUAUUUCUUUGCACUUUCAGUGACAUAACAGCUUUCAAACAGCCCAUUGAGGAUGAUUCAUGUAAAGGCUGGGGGAAGUUUGCUCGGCUGACCAGAGCCCUGACGAGCAGCAGGGGGGUCCUGCAGCAGCUGGCUCCCAGCGUGCAGAAAGGCGAGAACGUCCACAAGCAUUCCCGCCUGGCCGAGGUUCUACAGCUGGGCUCAGACAUUCUUCCCCAGUACAAGCAAGAGGCACCAAAGACUCCCCCUCACAUAAUCUUACAUUACUGUGUUUUUAAGACCACGUGGGAUUGGAUCAUCUUGAUCUUAACCUUCUACACAGCUAUCCUGGUCCCUUACAACGUCUCCUUUAAAACCAGGCAGAACAACGUGGCCUGGCUGGUUGUGGAUAGCAUCGUGGAUGUGAUCUUUUUGGUGGACAUUGUGCUGAAUUUUCAUACUACCUUUGUUGGACCAGCUGGGGAGGUGAUUUCUGACCCCAAACUCAUCCGCAUGAACUACCUGAAGACCUGGUUUGUGAUUGACCUUCUGUCCUGUUUGCCGUAUGAUGUCAUCAACGCUUUUGAGAACGUGGAUGAGGUUAGUGCCUUUAUGGGUGACCCAGGGAAGAUUGGUUUUGCCGAUCAGAUUCCACCACCCCUGGAGGGGAGAGAGAGUCAGGGCAUCAGCAGCCUGUUCAGCUCACUGAAGGUGGUGCGGCUCCUACGUCUGGGGCGAGUGGCCCGUAAGCUGGACCACUACAUUGAGUACGGAGCUGCUGUGCUGGUGCUGCUGGUGUGUGUGUUUGGGCUGGCUGCCCACUGGAUGGCCUGCAUCUGGUACAGCAUCGGGGACUACGAGAUCUUUGAUGAAGACACCAAGACCAUCCGCAACAACAGCUGGCUCUACCAGCUGGCGAUGGACAUUGGCACCCCUUACCAGUUUAAUGGAUCCGGCUCAGGGAAGUGGGAAGGUGGUCCCAGCAAGAAUUCCGUCUACAUCUCCUCGUUGUAUUUCACUAUGACCAGCCUUACCAGCGUGGGCUUUGGAAACAUUGCCCCAUCCACAGACAUCGAGAAAAUCUUUGCAGUGGCCAUCAUGAUGAUUGGCUCACUUCUCUAUGCCACCAUUUUUGGGAACGUGACAACCAUUUUCCAGCAAAUGUAUGCCAACACCAACCGGUACCAUGAGAUGCUCAACAGCGUUCGGGACUUCCUGAAGCUCUACCAGGUGCCGAAGGGCUUGAGUGAGCGAGUCAUGGAUUAUAUUGUGUCCACCUGGUCCAUGUCCAGAGGCAUUGACACAGAGAAGGUUCUGCAGAUCUGCCCCAAGGACAUGAGAGCUGACAUCUGCGUGCACCUGAAUCGCAAGGUGUUCAAGGAGCACCCAGCUUUCCGGUUGGCCAGCGAUGGCUGCCUGCGGGCACUGGCCAUGGAGUUUCAGACAGUGCACUGCGCCCCAGGGGACCUUAUCUACCAUGCGGGAGAGAGUGUUGACAGCCUCUGCUUCGUGGUCUCCGGCUCCCUGGAGGUAAUCCAGGAUGACGAGGUGGUGGCUAUUCUAGGGAAAGGAGACGUGUUUGGAGAUGUGUUCUGGAAGGAAGCCACUCUUGCCCAGUCCUGCGCCAAUGUUAGGGCCUUGACCUACUGUGACCUGCAUGUGAUCAAACGGGAUGCCCUGCAGAAAGUGCUAGAAUUCUACACAGCCUUUUCCCACUCCUUCUCCCGGAACCUCAUUCUCACCUACAACUUGAGGAAGAGGAUCGUGUUCCGGAAGAUCAGCGACGUGAAACGGGAGGAGGAAGAGCGCAUGAAACGCAAGAAUGAGGCCCCCCUGAUCCUGCCCCCGGACCACCCUGUCCGGCGACUCUUCCAGAGGUUCCGACAACAGAAAGAGGCCCGGCUGGCGGCCGAGAGGGGCGGCCGCGACCCGGAUGACCCAGACGUGGAGAAGGGCAGUGCUAUCCCCGAGCACGCGGCCAACCACAGCCUGGUGAAGGCCAGCGUGGUCACCGUGCGCGAGAGCCCCGCCACGCCCGUGGCCUUCCAGGCGGCGUCCACGGCAGUGUCGGACCACGGCCGGCUGCACGCCCCUGGCGCCGAGUGCCUGGGCCCCCGGGCACCCGGCGGCGACUGCGCAAGGCGCAAAGGCUGGGCCCGCUUCAGGGAUGCCUGCGGCAAGGGCGAGGACUGGAGCCAGGUGGCCAAGGCCGAGUCCAUGGAGACGCUCCCUGACAGGACCAAGGCAUCCGGAGAGGCCACCCUCAAGAAGACGGACUCCUGUGACAGCGGCAUCACCAAGAGCGACCUGCGUCUGGACAACGUGGGCGAGGCCAGGAGCCCCCAGGACCGGAGCCCCAUCCUUGCCGAGGUCAAGCAUUCGUUCUACCCCAUACCCGAGCAGACACUGCAGGCCACUGUCCUGGAGGUGAAGCACGAGCUCAAGGAGGACAUCAAGGCCUUGAACACCAAAAUGACAAAUCUUGAGAAACAGCUCUCUGAGAUCCUUAGGAUAUUAACUUCCAGAAGAUCCUCUCAGUCUCCCCAGGAGCUGUUUGAAAUAUCAAGGCCCCAGUCCCCAGAAUCAGAGAGAGACAUUUUUGGAGCAAGCUGAGUGGUCUAAAAAAAAAAAAAAGUCAAAGACCAAACCCCCCCAACCCCCACGACUCUGCCCUGGACACCACCGCCACCACACACACACCUACAUGACCAACAACUUCCAAAGUAGGCUUUUCCUGAUGGAAAAUCAAAGUGGGACCAGUUGCUUAGGCACACGCUGUCUCUGGUCACUGAUAUGGAAGAGGCGUGUGCUACCGCCUUGCUAGAUGGCAGCUGUUUUCCAAUUGUCUGCACAAUUUUGGAAGAGGGGAUAUGCUGUCUAAAGGGUAUUUUCCUUCAUUUUUAAUUUUUUUUACUGCCAUGAUAUUUGUAAAAGAUGACAACCGACCAGAAAAGAGCAGCAGCCACUUGGGGGUUGGUGGGAGAGCACCGGAGAACCCCUUCUGUAUAUACUAGACUGGGCUCCUUCGCCAAGACCCCUAAGACUGUGGCAGGCACAGGGAUUUCCCAGCAUUCCCUGUCCUUGUACAGCCCAUGUCUGUCACCACCUUAUAUUUGCCCCCCGUCAUCAUUUGUAACAGGCUCAGGACAAGGGGAGCAUGAGGGCCAGGGAAGGUAGGGCCUUGCGGCUUUCUGCUUCUAAGGCCGGAAAGCAGUGAGGUGCUCCGGGCACUUCCUUGGGUCUCCUUUCCCAAGUGUAAGAGCUGCAAGGGGCCUGCGGGAGGCAGAGACCCUCUGGGCUGUGGUGGGCAACCUGCUCACAUGGGAGAGGCCUCAGAUGAACCUCUGGCCCCGAUCCAUACCACUGGCCUCAGUGCAUGGGCCCCCUUGCCUCUUCCCAAGCAUUCCUGUGGCAUUCCUCAGGGUGUGGGGCACCGGCAGGAAGGGUGACGAGCCCAGAGUUGCUUUAUUAGCAAAGCAGACACACAUACAACCUCAGAAAAAUGAUUGUAGCAAGUCCUCUCUUUAUAUUAUGAUUCUCAACAGGAUUGAUGGCCCCUCAGGAGUUUGUAUUUUGUCCACUGCAUGGGGUCAUUAUAGGACACUUGGGAGCCAUGCUUGGCCUUAUUUUAAAAUUAACCUCUCUUUCUCUUACUGAAGUCAGUAGGACUUCAAGAAAAACCGUGAAGACGGCAGGGUUGUGGUCCUACCUGCUUCAGGAGCAGCAGAAUGAUGCAGCAGGUCCUCAAGCUGUCUGUGUGAGGUGAUGGACAGAGAUGGUCAUGGAGCCACCUGUGGGCCAUCCAGGUCCCUAUGCCACGAUGCUUGGGCAUGUUCCAUGGCCUUCUAGUCACCUGGGGUCAGAUUCACGUGUCAGGUUAUGUGUGUGCUCCUUUCAGUGGCACCAGAGAAAGGAAAAAGGGCGCUCCCUGGCAGAGCAGAGCUCACUCAGUGGUUCUGCCCUGAAUGUUGACAAGCAGAGUUGGAAGUUUAGGUCUAAGACCUAGCUUGGAGAGAGGGGAGUUAGGAUCUGGACUAUUGGUGACAGCACGGGACCCCACCAGGGCCCUGGCUUUCUGCAUGUGUCACACUGCAGCACCCUCACCCCUCGUGCUUGGCGUGGCUUAGCUGCACAAAUCUGAAACCUGCGGUAAUCCCCUCAGUACAGAAGGGGACCUUUGGGCUGGGACUGGCCCUACCAAAGGUAUCAUUUCGGAAGGCCUCCUGUCUGGGACCACUUACCUCCCUGCCCCUCCGCCCCUUUGGUCCUGCUCGGUGGCCAUGACAGGUCUCAGGACUGGGUCCUCAGGUGUCUGUGCAGAAUGGGGCUGUCCUCCCCUUGCUGCCAGCAUUGGCAUAGAUGGCUCUGGGGAACAGAGUCCAGGAGGUCAAGGGAAGGCCCUUCCCCAGGGAUCCCUGUACAGUUACGCAGCUUCUCGUGGGAGGCUUGCUGGGGUGGCCGCUGGCUUCCUGAGCUGCAACGUUAUUAGAUUUAGCUCCAGACAGCAGCACACGUAGAGGAGGCAGUGUAACUUCCCAAGGCCCGGUCUUGACUGUUUGUGACUCCAGAUAAAGCACUGAGACAUUCAGUCUCUUUGAGAAGCUGCCAACUAGGCCAGAGGCUACAGAAUAUCUGGAAUCCCAUCUGUCCCCAGAAUGUUCUAGUCUGCCGUCCCUUAAAUGUGCUCAUUAGCCUGCUUCUCAAGUUUAGGACCCACUACUUUUAAGUCAGGACAAGGGCCCUGGAUGACUCUCCUCCAGCUUCAGAAGCACAUGCCCAGCUCUGUGGGCGAGGUGACAGGCUGCAGUCUGGCACCCUGCAGGCCAGUGGCGAGGGGCCCUUCCCUCCCCCACUAGCUCUGCCUGAGGGGCCAGGUGUUUAGUAAGAAAUGACUCCCCAUUUGGGUCGGAGGGGCAAAGAGGCUGAUGUGCCACGCUGGGAAGCCAGACUUGUUUGGGGGGGAAAAUAAAGCUUUGUGAAUGUACUCCUGGACUGGCUCCUAGGAUGGGAAUUGGGCUAAUGACCAGAAAAGCCUGGAUCCUGCAGUGGGAAUGUGCUCACCUCAGGGCCGCAGGGCCCACAUGUGUGCCUGUGGUGACAGAUCCCCACAGUGUGGCCUGUACACGCUUUUAGUCUUCUCCACUAAGGAUAUCAAGGACUCCUGCUUUGUUUCCUCUGAAAAAAAAAAUUUUUUUUUUAAAUGAGCCAGACCUCCUCUCCUUUCAUAUUUAUGACAUGCACUUGGCCAUGGACUGCUUCGUGCCAACUACCUAUUCUUGCCUGGAUGCUGCUCUGGCUUCCUGAGCAAGGACCACAAGUUUCAGAUACUGACCGAACCUUCCACUAUCUGGUGACUGAAGAGAAAUUAGGGAAACACAAAAUUACUAGGUGUUGGACUGAACAUUUAGACUUUAGAAGUUAUGUUGAGAUAUUUACCUGGGGUUUUUUUUUCCUUUUUGAGGGAAGGGGACAUAAUGUAUUACACCAUUGCCCAGUACUUGCCGGUCACUUGAUCUUGUACUGAAACUCCUUACCUCAGAUGUUAUUUGUAGGGUGGAUCCGCUUACCAGAGACUGUCCUGACAGGCUGUUCUGGAGCAAGAGGUCUUGCCUUAGCACUUGGCUGCUUGUUGAAGUUGCUCUCCCCCCACUGAUGGAGGUGGGGGAGUGAGGGUUGAGUCUACGAAGUAAGACGGCCAAUGGGAUGGCCUGCUUGUUCUCAGUGGACGAUGGGACUCCGGCACUGAGGGCUGCUGUCCAGUGCACCUGCACGGGCUCCCCCAGCAAGGAUGCCCGGGCCCCCCCAGGAAGGAGAGGGAGGCAGCCCUCUGGUUGAGAAGCUCUGGUCUAGUGCACAGUUUUGAUAUCUGCACCUCCAUCCAUCCCAUUCUCUCAUGCUUAGACCUCCUGGCUUGGUCCAAGACCAUUCUUCAUAGUCUCAACCUCAGGGUCCAUCUGCGUGCAGAAAGUUUGUAGUCAGUAGCAGGCAACCAGUGGCUUAAAAACAACACCACCAACACUCUGAUGCUACGCCAGCAUGGGUGCAAGGGUUUCAAAGUUGUUCGCAUUUCUUGUUAUCCAAUUCCUGGGCCUGUUCUACCCUCCACCCUCUAGGUCCUGUGUGCUGUUGCUGGCUAAACAUCAGGCCCUUUUCUGAAAAGAAUCUUCUUUCAGAAGUGGAGCUAGCAUGGCUCAGAGUAAAAAUGUACUCCACCACCACACCCCAUCCACGAAGCUUCCCCUCCGAAUCCUUCAGUGGAAGCUGAAAUAAGCCAAGCGUCAGGAUUUUUGUCGAAGCCUCUGUAGGGACUAAAAGAAUGCCUUAGGAGUGCCCGGUGUAGGGACAGCCUGCUCUCCCCUUGUUGGAUUGACCACCAAAUGGCACACGCACUCUCUGGAAAACUUCAGGAGCCCUGGUGGAGACACAAGUUGCUGAUGUGAGUUUGAUGAGUCGAUUGUACCAUGUUUUGCAAUAAAGAUGUUUAGCCUUAAGACCUUUGACUGGAACUCCAGCUGCGAUGGAGCUGCUGCCACCCGCGUCCUCCUCCUCCCGCCUCCCACAUUGCUUCAAGAGGAACCCACUGCGGGCACACUCAGACCCCGGAGUAGCCUCUCCUCUGUCACUAAAUCGUUGUACUGCCUUCUUGCUCGCUUCAAUACAGAUACCGUCACCAGCUCUUGUGCUCUCCAGUGGCGGGGGGGGUCUCUGUCCCCUCAGCACCGACCACAGCCAUCAAAGAAAGCACCAUCUUCUCACCCAAGGUAUUCAUGUUGAGAAGUGUUGAUUUCCACUCCCUCCAAUACACAGUUCAAAAGAAUCAACGUGAAUGUGCAGCUUAAAUUAGUUUCAAGUGAAACUUCAUUCUCAUGCGAGCAAAUUAGACUUACUCUGUAACUUCUAGAACGGACUCAAAGCCCUACAGGUGCCGGGCUCGGUGGGUCCCCUCCCUGCCCCGCCAUUGACCUUUUCUUAGAGUCACUCUUUAUUUGUGACUUCAGAGUUGGUCAACAGAUCUAGGAGUUGUUUAAUGCGAAGUUUACGGAUCUUGUAUCAGGACAUGAACAUGAGAAAGAUCUUAAGAUGCACCCGCCCCAAUGAAUGUAUUCUCUUAAAAUUCAGACAUUGUAUUUGUGCAUCAGUUGGAGACUGCCCACAUCGGAUGUUUCGCCAAUGCCAUAAGGACACGUCUACUCCUGAGUAGUUCGUCAGUCUGGGGCUUCUCCUUAUAUUGACACUCUUUCCACUGAGUCCUGCCAAAUCCUUCCCUGGUUUUUCUUUUUCCUUUGCAUCUCCCUCUUUGUCCGAAUGAGCAUGAAUAGAGAGGCAUGCGAAUGAGCUGAGACUCUUUAUGGUCAGCUGGGGAUGCUGCCAGAAACUCCACUGUAUGUGUGCGGCCAGGGAAUGUGAAGAUGAACAUGCGGGCCCCUCCCUGGAUGAUAUUCCUUCCCCAACAUUUUUAAACAAGCACAAAUGAUAUUUGUAAAAAAAAAAAAGUUUAAUUUUAUUUAUUAUGGUAAUAAACUAUUUUAUACAUAUA